UGAUUGGUCCAAUAAUUUGUUCCAAUUGUCAUUUAUGAUGGGUUGGGCACGCCACGGGCUAGAAUUACGAAAGCACCUUAAUCGUACCACACCCACUAACACGUGUAGUAUGACGUGGAAUGUAACCUUGGCGCCUCCAUAAUCUCUCUCCCUCACCUCCCCCAUUCUUCCUUACCUCCAUUUCUCAUCUUCUCUUUCUCUCUCUAACUCUUACUUUCCCUUUUUCCUCUCUUCUCCUCUACAAUGUUGCGCUUUUAGAUCUUCUUCUUCGCCAUAACUCCAUUUUUUCCUUUUUUUUCCACCAUUAAACUUCUCUAUUCCAAUUCCAAGGUAUUAGAAGUUGUUGUGCCAGAUAUUAGGUUGAUAAUUUGGCUUUGGUGACCGGCCAUGGGAAGCAGUGAGGAUCCAAAGUCUCCCAAGUCAGAAAAAUUAUCUCCACCUGCAACUGAACAGAAUGGUGUUCAUGUUUAUCCUGAUUGGGCAGCCAUGCAGGCAUAUUAUGGCCCCCGAGUUGCAUUGCCACCUUAUUUCAGCUCAGCUGUUGCCCCAGGGCACCCGCCUCCCCCGUAUAUGUGGGGACCUCCACAGCCUAUGGUACCGCCUUAUGGGGCACCUUAUGCUGCCAUCUAUGCACCAGGAGGAGUUUAUGCUCAUCCCGCAAUCCCUCUGGGUUCACAGGCUCAUGGUCAAGGGGUCUCUUCCCCUGUUGUGAGUGAAAUACCGGUUGCUACUCCUCUGAGCAUCGACACACCUGUGAAAUCAUCUGGAAAUGCUGAGAAAGGUUUACUUAAAAAGCUGAAGGGGUUUGAUGGCCUUGCAAUGUCAAUUGGGAAUGGCAAUGCUGAUAAGGCAGAGGGUGAUACGGAGAAUGUAGUGUCACAGAGUGCUGAAACUGAAGGUUCUAGUAUCGGAAGUGAUGGAAACACAGAAGCUUAUCAAGUCAAAAGGAAGAGAAGCCGUGAAGGAACCCCAACUACUGUGGCAGUUGAAGAUAAAAAAAUUGAGACGAAGACUGUUAUUUCUCCUGCUGAUAAGUUGAUGGGAGUCCCCGUUACUCCUGUAAAUGGGGCCACUGCUCAAGCAAUGGGUACUGUUGUUUCUCCUGCUGUGGCCACCACAUUGGAGCUGAGGAAUCCUGGGAUCAAUGUGAAAGGAAACUCUGCUGCUGUUUCUCCUCCUAACGCAGCUGUGUCUACUGAAGCUUGGUUGCAGGUGCAGAAUGAGCGGGAGCUGAAGAAGGAGAGAAGAAAACAAUCAAAUCGAGAAUCUGCCAGAAGGUCAAGGUUGAGGAAACAGGCCGAAACUGAGGAACUUGCCAGAAGAGUGGAGGGCCUCAGUGCUGAAAACAUUGGUUUGAAAUCCGAAAUUAAUCAACUGAUGGAGAACUCUCAGAAACUCCGUCUCGAGAAUGCUACCUUAUCGGAAAAAUUGAAAAGCUUGCAAUCCGGACAAGGAGAAGAAAACAGCAUAACAAAUGUCGAUAUUAAACUCAAUCCCUCAGACAGCACCGAGAACUUACUAUCAAGGAUGAACAAUUCCGGUUCUGUUAGAGCUUCAGAGGAAGGAACCGACAUGUACGAAAAAACCACUAACUCAGGUACCAAGUUCCAUCAAUUGCUGAAAAACCCGAGAGCUGAUGCAGUGGCAGCUGGCUGAGCUGCGGACGAAGAAACGUGUAACCCGUAAGCCAUAAAGAUAUAGGAAUGAUAUUGUAAUUUUGGGCUAUAAUUGAUGACCAAAAUUAGUGUGAAGUGCUAACUAUGUCACAAAUUGGAUUAGGAAGAUAUAGAUUUUGAAGGAAGUAUGUAAUUGUUAGUGAAAAAGGCUUUUCUCAAUGGCAGACUGAUGUGUUUUUAAUUAGAAUUCAGGGUGCCGAGAUUUGGCCACUUAUAAUGAUCAUAAACAUAAAUGUAUAUUCAAGAGUUUUAGAUUUAGAUGAGGGAGUGUUUUACUUUGUUGGAAUACCUUUCUACCCAAUAAAGUGUAUACUUUUAUUA